CCCUUCAGCCUGGAGGAUGAGGGCUCAGACCAGCGGAACCUUAAAACUCCGUCCAAGGCGGAGUCCGGGACCGGAAAGCUGACUCCCAGGGAACACCAGGUUUAAGACUUCCGCCCCGCAAAGGUUUUGCCUCCACCCCAUUUUAUACACACGCCCAGCUUUACUUCUGCGCAGGCUCCUGGAAGUAUUACCGUCUCUAUGGCAACCUGGUAGCUGGAGACUGAAGAUGAAGACCAACCGGUCUACACAUGGAUCGCGGUCGCGAGCUUUAGACCUACAGCCCAGCUCCGAAGGACUAACGACUACCUCGAAACCGCUUCCUUCUUCAGAUGGUGGUUCUAGGUCUGCCCUGACAGCUGCAACCGCAGCAGCUGCAGCCAGUGCAAACGCUUCCACUGCCAAAGCAGCUGCAUUAUGUUCAAAGACCCUAGAGCCCUAUUCUGGGUUCACGGAGCCCUCCUCUGACAGUCUUGGGGCAGCCUGUUCUGAAUCCCACCAGACAGGCCCUGGGAGCCUUGACUUUGAGCCCGCCUAUGUUUCCUGUAUUGCUCAGGAGCCCUGUACUACAACUGACCUUGGCUCAAGUCCUGGCCCUGCUCCUACUUCCAGCUCUGGUCCUGGCAGUGGCUCUGUCCCUGGCUCCUGCUCUGGUCCUGGCCAUGGCUCUGUCCCUGGCUCUGGGUCAGUUCCUGGCCAUGGUUCUGGUCAAGGUUCCUGUCCUGCUUCUGGAACUGGCCCAGGCCCUGGCCCUGGCCCUAAGGUUAGCCCCAGCACUCCUCAAAGGUUCAGAAAUCUCAGGUCAGAUCUGCUCCCUGAUAAUACCUCCUGGGGUCCCUACUGCCACUGGGAACCUCAGAAACAACCAACCUGGGAAUUUUUGCAAGUCGCAGAACCUGGUACUCGAGGGCUAUGGAAACCCAAAGAAGUUGAAGGGAAGCCUAAGUUUCACUACAGACCAUUACCACGGGGCCAUUGCCUUCUCUACAACUGGGAGGAAGAGAGAGCCACCAAUCACCUGGAUCAAGUCCCAAGUUCACAAGAUGGCUCUGAGAGUUUCUUCUUCCGACAUGGGCACCAGGGACUGCUGACCAUAUUACAGUCACCUGUGCUGUCCACCACCACCCAGAAAGACUCAUACCAGCCUCCAAGAAACUUCCAUCAGCCUCUUCCAGGAAAGCGUGAAGCCAUGCUGGAGAUGCUCCUGUACCAACAGACCUGUAAAGAGAUGCAGGCAGAGGAGGAACCUCCAGGGAAGCUCUUUGAGGUCGAGUCAGUGACACAUCAUGACUACCAAAUGGAGCUGAUGCAAGCAGGGCCUCCUGCUCCAACAAAGCCUCAUGACUACCGUCAGGAGCAGCCUGAAACCUUCUGGAUACAAAGGGCAGCACAGCUACCGGGUGUCAGUUACAUCAGGACACUGGACACACCAUUCCGGAAGAACUGCAGCUUCUCAACACCAGUGCCCUUGUCUCUGGGACAGCCUUUGCCUUAUGAAUCUGAGAGUUACCCCCACCAUAUGGGUGAAAUGUCUUCUCUUGCCUGUCAGGGAAGAGGGCAGGGGUACUGAUGAGGAAGAAUGGCUCCUGUCUAACGGUUGAGGAACAGAGUAGGAUAUGGAAUUUGGAGUCUAUGUCCGUCUGUACUAGAGAAGUGGGUGGGGAAGAAGUUAAUUUUCUCUGUACUUGAUGAAAGGGAUUUAUAUAAAUGGUUCUCCCUCAUCCCAAGACUGCUGAUUGAUUGAUUUUGUGAGUCACUAUGUCCAUAACCCGUAACCUUUCCUUGAGGUUGCCCUACCCAGACUAUGACACCAUGAUUUGUUAUUGUUGUUUUAUACUUGGCCAAAAUAUUCUGGUUUAGAUACAGAUAUUUACAGAAGGUAGGGAGGAAGAGAACCAAGUCAGAGAAG